GGUCCCGCCUCCUUCGCCGAGCCGCACCACCCAGAGCCCUGGGUUUGCUCGAGGUCCGCCCCUUACGGGAGCCGAGGCGGACGGCCAGAAUCCGGAAGAAAAACAGUCGGCGAGAGUGAGGCGGCCGAGCCAUGGAGCUGGACCAGGAGGAGUCCAGCAGCGAGGAGCCGGAGCAGUCAGACGUGAGCCUGCCGGACGACCCCGAGAGCGUGAUGGCCUCCGUGAGCGAGCAGAAGCCCAGCGAGCCGAAUGUCUGGAAACUCAGUAUGCAUGUCGUGACCUGGAAUGUAGCCUCCGCAGCACCCCCUAAAGACCUCAGUGACCUGCUUCAGCUGAACAACCAGGACCUGGACCUGGACAUGUAUGUUAUUGGUUUGCAGGAAAUGAACUCUGGGAUUGUAAGCUUCAUUUCCGAUACUGCCUUUGAAGACCCGUGGAGCAGUUUCUUCAUGGAUGUGCUUGCCCCUCUGAGCUUCGUCAAGGUCUCCCAUGUCCGCAUGCAGGGGCUUCUCUUACUGAUCUUUGUCAAGUAUCAUCAUUUACCCUUUAUCCAGAUCCUCUCUACGAAAUCCACCCCCACUGGCCUGUACGGGUACUGGGGCAACAAAGGGGGCGUGAACAUCUGCCUGAGGCUUUACGGCUACUACGUCAGUGUCAUCAACUGUCACCUGCCUCCCCACAUAGCCAACAAUGACAAGCGGCUGGAGCACUUUGACCGGAUCCUGGAGAUGCAGAAUUUCGAGGGAUAUGAUAUCCCCAACAUCUUGGACCACGACCUCAUUCUCUGGUUUGGAGACAUGAACUUUCGGAUCGAGGAUUUGGGACUGCACUUUGUCCGGGAAUGCAUAGCAAAUCAGUACUACAGUGCCCUGUGGGAGAAGGAUCAGCUCAGAAUCGCCAAGAAACAGGACCUGCUGCUCCGGGAGUUCCAAGAGGGGCCCCUGCUCUUCCCGCCCACCUACAAGUUUGACAAGAACUCCAACAACUAUGACACCAGUGAGAAAAGACGGAAGCCUGCCUGGACCGACCGAAUACUAUGGCGGCUAAAGCGGCAGCCACAGGCCACCUCCUACAUGUCCAAUCCGUCGACCUACUUCUUCCUGACCCUGAAGCACUAUGGCAGCCACAUGAUGUACUACAUCAGUGACCACAAGCCUGUCACUGGCACCUUUGACUUGGAGCUGAAGCCCCUGGUGUCUGCCCCAAUGAUCACGCUGAUGCCUGAGAGCCUGUGGACCAUAGAGAAUGACAUGCUGAUCAGCUACUCCUCAGAGCCGGACUUCCUCAGCAGCCCCUGGGACUGGAUCGGACUGUACAAGUUGGGGAUGCGCCACAUUAAUGACUACGUGUCCUAUGUGUGGGUCGGGGACAACCAGGUCUCCUUCAGCAACAACCUCCACCAGGUGUACAUGAACAUCAGCGAGAUCCCGGACACGGAGGACUACUUUCUCCUCUGUUACUACAGCAGCAUUCUGAAUUCCAUAGCGGGGAUUAGCACCCCCUUCAAGAUCCCGCUGCGCUUCUUCUUGAAGGAGGACCCACUGAGUGAAGAGGAGCCACAGACCCCUGAGCACACGGGAGAAUGAGUCCAGGCGUCGGCAGAGCUGCAGCCAGCCCUGCCUUCUGCCCGGAGCGCUGGGGCCAGGCCGGCCCCAGAGGAGGCAGCCAGGCAUCCUCCACUCAGCCACGUCCCAAAUGAGCUCUAGCAGACUCCUUUGCUUUCUCUGGUCCAGAUCUCUGGAACUGGCCACUUAAAUAACAGGUUUUUGUUGCGAGCUGUGAGUGAAACCAGCUGGUUUGUCUCCGUGCAGACGAGGGGAUAGCCCACCAUCUGUGCAAGGACCUGCCUGCCCUCAUUUCCCCACACACACUUGCAGUGCUGCCCAAGCAGUCCUGCCAGGCACAUGCCCCAUCUGGCACAGGCCUGCAUUCUUGUCACGCCCUGCUGGGCCUCGGGCUGCCUGGGAGGGGGAGAUGCUCACAUUUGUGCGGGCUCCAGGGGCCGGCUGGCGCACAGCAGCUCUGGAUUCCAGAAGUCUUGGCAUCCUUGUGGCCUGUGCGCAUGAGGGAUGAGCAGAGGAUCUGGGAUCUCUGCUUCCAACAGAAACGGCCUGCCUGAGGAGCUAGGAGGGGCCCCUACCCAGGCUGUUACCUGGUCACUGGUGAAGAUUCUCCUGCCAGCACAGCCCUGCCCUGCCUCUGCCCCCGCGGAUCCUGUAAGUUCCAGAGCCUGAGCAGAGAGACCUGGGAAGGACCCCAGUCAGCUGCUGCUGGUGACUCAGGCCCCCUGCCUCCAGCCUGCUCUCUUAGGAAGGGUUGACAGGUGGUGGAGGAGCAGCCACCACACACACUCCCAGGGUGAUCACCACCAUGUCAGCCUCGUCUGCCCUCGGCCCUGUCGGGAGACCAGAAGAUGCUCCUCUCUCUGCCCCUCUGGAAACCCAGCUUGGGCAGGCAGAAGGGAGAGCCGGGAUUGCAACACUUCAGAGGAGCUGGUCCUGGGACCCUUCCGAGAGUAGAUUCCAGGUGCUGCGUGAACACUCCUGCCCUUCUCCCAGGAGAAGACGCCUCAGGGAGCCUGCUCUGCCUGCCACGUUCAUCGGGCCACCUGAGACAAGGUCCCCCCAGUUGCCGUGCAGCCCGUGCUCCUGGGAACCAUAUGUAUCAAGAACUGUCCCCUGGCUGCUUGACGCUGGCUGGCUGUGUUCUGUCUGUUACAUUGGGGGGUAAUUAGAACUGUGGCUUUGA